CUGGACGAGCUUCCCUUUGCCAACGUCAGCUCCUAUUUGUUUGGAUUCCUGAGUCUUUGCUGUGGGUCGGAGAGUGAGGGAGAGAUGGGGAGUGAGGGAGAGAUGGGGAGUGAGAUGAAGUUCUUGGUGAAGGUGGAGGAGGGGAAGGCGGGCGAUGGAGAGAGGCCAUCUGUGGGACCUGUCUACAGGAGCGCCUUUGCCAAGGAUGGAUUCCCCGAGCCGGUGCCGGGACUCGAGAGCUGCUGGGAUGUCUUCCGUAUUUCUGUACAAAGAAAUCCACAAAACCCAAUGCUAGGAAGGCGAGAAAUUCUGGAUGGAAAGCCAGGUAAAUAUGUGUGGAUGACAUACCAAGAGGUCUAUGACAUUGCUAUGAAAGUUGGACUUUCUAUCAGAAGUUGUGGUGUUGAGCCGGGAGGACGCUGUGGUAUAUAUGGUGCCAACUGCCCUGAAUGGCUUAUGAGUAUGGAGGCUUGCAAUGCUCAUGGCAUAUAUUGUGUCCCCUUGUACGAUACUCUAGGUGCUGGAGCAGUUGAGUUUAUUAUAUGCCAUGCGGAGGUUUCUAUUGCAUUUGUUGAAGAGAAAAAGAUCGCUGAGAUGCUGAAAAUCUUAUCUAAUUCAUCAAAAUUCUUGAAGACUCUAGUUAGCUUUGGGAAGUUUCCAAAUGAACAACGGGAAGAGGUUGAGAAGUUUGGCUUAGCAGCUUAUUCUUGGGAUGAUUUUUUACUAUUGGGAGAUAAAAAACAGUUUGAUUUCCCAUCUCCUAAGAAAGAUGACAUCUGUACCAUAAUGUAUACUAGUGGCACAACUGGUGAUCCUAAGGGAGUUCUCUUAAGCAACAAGAGUAUCGUCACUCUCAUUUCUGGUGUUGAGCGGCUACUCGAAUGUGUGAAUGAAGAGUUGACUCACAAGGAUGUUUACUUAUCUUACCUACCGCUUGCACACAUAUUUGAUCGGGUAAUUGAAGAACUAUUUAUAUGGAAAGGCGCUUCAAUAGGAUUUUGGCAUGGGGAUGUUAAAUUAUUGGUCGAUGAUAUUGGAGAACUAAAACCAACCAUCUUUUGUGGUGUCCCACGUGUUCUGGAUCGAAUAUAUUCAGGGCUUAUGCAAAGAAUCUCCUCAGGCGGGCUUUUGAGAAGAACACUGUUUAAUAUUGCACAUUCAUAUAAAUAUAAUUGUAUGAAAAAGGGGUUCAAACAUGAGCAGGCUGCUCCAAUAUUUGAUGCAAUAGUUUUCAGUAAGGUAAGACAAGGAUUAGGAGGUCGUGUACGGCUCAUUCUCUCUGGUGCAGCACCACUUGCUACUCAUGUAGAAGCUUUUCUAAGAGUCGUGUCAUGUGCACAUGUUUUACAGGGCUACGGUCUCACUGAAACAUGUGCAGGGACAUUUGUUUCUCUACCGAAUGAACUGUCAAUGCUUGGUACUGUUGGGCCUCCUGUUCCUAAUGUGGAUGUACGCUUAGUGUCUGUUCCAGAAAUGGGAUAUGAUGCACUUUCAACCACUCCACGUGGAGAAAUUUGCAUAAGGGGAGACACAGUUUUCUCUGGUUAUUACAAGAGAGAUGAUCUAACAAAAGAAGUCUUGAUAGAUGGAUGGUUUCAUACAGGAGAUAUUGGCGAAUGGCAACCAGAGGGAAGUUUAAAGAUCAUUGAUAGGAAAAAGAACAUUUUCAAGUUGUCACAGGGAGAGUAUGUUGCAGUUGAAAAUCUGGAGAAUGUAUAUGGCUCUUGUGCUGCUACUGAUGCGAUAUGGAUAUAUGGGAAUAGCUUCGAGUCAUUCCUUGUAGCAGUUGUAAAUCCAAACAAACAAUCUCUUGAGCAUUGGGCUGAAGAAAAUGGAGAAAGUGGUGAUUUUACUGUUUUGUGUGCAAACCCAAAGGCUAAAGAAUAUAUGCUUGGGGAGCUUAAUAAAAUUGGGAAAGAGAAGAAGUUGAAAGGAUUUGAAUUUAUAAAAGCUGUUCACCUUGAUCCAUUACCUUUUGAUAUGGAACGGGACUUGAUUACACCAACAUACAAAAAGAAGCGACCACAACUGCAGAAAUACUAUCAGAACGUGAUUGACAACCUAUACAAGAGCAUCAAGUGAGCAAUUGUGUGGCGAUGGACAUGUAACUGUAGGUAUAUCUCGUGUCCGAUAAUUGGUUUAGUCAAGUACUGGUCCAUUUAACAGUUCAUGUGUAUUGUGGCAAUGAACAAAACCUUUAUAAAGGUGUCAAAUAUGGUUCAGAUCAAUAGAUAGCAUAAGUAAUUUCAUCUCUGUGUCUCUUCAAAAUGUUUGCUGUGUAAAUCAUAAUCUGGUGCUUUGGAUUUAUUAUUGGUACGGGCUCCAUCUAUUGUGAAAGUAAUAAUGAACAAUGUUUCGAACUAGGGAAUGGUAACCAGCAUUUCCUUUCAUAUAUAUCAUUGAAAAACUUCGAAUGUUUAUUCUA